GCCAAGCCAACUAUUAGCACUUGGAAAAAGGCUUUCUAGACUUUGGACAUAUAAAGACAUCUUUCAUGAAGCAUUAAAAAAAACAGUUAUUGUAUCAUUGGUAAAUCAGUUCGUUUCACUCUUGAGCAGAGAAGCGCAGCGCUCCACCUGCAGGACAAACCGAGCGCUGCAGGUCCCGGAGAGACGCGGGCGGGGGAUGGAAGCGCAUCAAGCAGAUUAACGGUGGAAAAACAACAGCCACAGCAUUGUCUGUUUUCAUCGCUAUUAACUGGGUAGAUUUCUGUUACUUAUUCGGUGAUAACUGAUUUACAGAGACAGUAUUUAGUAAGCUUAACGAAUACAUCCCAUGGCGACCGAAUGCAACAAAGAAGCGGUUUUAUAUUUCAUAAAGGAGAGAGGAGGGCGCGUGAAAACCGUGGAUUUAACGGAUCAUUUUCGUGCGACAAUCCAUAAAGAUCCUGCAUUAAACCCAGUGGCAAAGGAAGCUUUUAAACGCUAUGUAGACAGCGUAGCUUACGUUAAAGAGGAAAAUGGCGAGAAAUACGUUUGCCUUAAAAAGAAAUUUAGGAAAUCAACGGGUUCAAUCGAGAAGAGUGACGGAAAUAGUCCAGCCGAUGAUCUCAAAUCCCGUGGAGAAAAUGUCGUGGAAACCAGAAACCACGUGUCCUCAGAAGGCAAAAGUGGAGGAAAAGAAGGGAUGUUACCUGGCUCAGGUUACGAAACUGGUAAGGCGGGAGGUGCACAAUCACAGCCGGAUAUUUCUGUCACGUUUCCACAAGGUGUGAACAGCAGGACAGAUUCUGAACUCAUGGGGAAUUCAAGCAGCGGCACGGCGGAGGACAAACCUGCUUUAAGUAUGAAAAUAAGUCAACCACAGGCGGCAGAGAAAGGUCCAAGACCCGAGAUAUCAGUGCGAGACUCAGACGGGACUGUGUGCAGUUCGGCAUGUUUACAGAGAAAUGAAACACACACUGGUGAAGUGAAAGACGAAUCAAAGGAAGAGACUGGAAAAGAAAACAGACCUCAGCGUGUGAGAACUCGGCAGAGCAAUAAAUGGACAGAAGAAGAUCAGCCGGACUCUCCAAAUAACAGCCGCAAACAUUUGGUCGAGGCUUUGAUCAGCAGUUCACCUCAGGUUCGUCGCAGCGUUUAUCUCUCGGGCAGAUGUAAAGACUGUCCGCGGGGCGACAGCGACUAUGAGGCCGCCGCGGUGACGCUCGAGCCACUGGAGCACGAGUGGAUGAUGUGCGCGUCUGACGGACACUGGGAGAGCCUCCACCGGCUGCUCGCCAGAGAUCCCAGCCUCCUGACCAGGAAAGACUUUGUGACAGGAUUCACAUGCCUGCACUGGGCUGCAAAGCUCGGGAAACACGAGCUGAUUGUAAUGCUCGUCAACUUUGCCAAAGAACAUCACGUCACUGUGAACAUCAACGCGCGUUCCAGCGCGGGUUACACGCCUCUGCAUUUAGCUGCAAUGCACGAUCAUCUCGAGGUCGUCAAACUGCUAGUCGGAGCGUUUGACGCCGAUGUGGAGGCGCGAGAUUUCAACGGGAGAAAGGCGUGUCAGUAUCUGAAGAGUGAUAUUGCGCAAAACAUUCUGGACAUCGUGGGCGCGUGCGUGGAGUCUGACGCAGACAACAUGGAUGUUGGAGACGCAAGUCGCUGGAGAUUGUCAAGAGUCAUUCAGUCCAACUUCAGACCUUUGAAAACUCAAUACCAUAACAGCAGCGAAGAGGACGGCAGUGGCUUGACUAAACAGAAAUCUCUCCGCAGGAAAUCUUCCUUUACUAAAAUGAAACCCAGUCUCAAUAAAAUCCGCAUGAGGUCGCAGAUAGUUCACAGCACGUCACUCCUUGAUAGAUUUGAGAAAGAUACAACAGAAGAGUCUCCAAACCUCUUAAGACCCAAAUCGAACCUCUUUGGAUGAAGAAAUGCACUAAAUGCAGUAUCUGCAGCUUUCAUGUACAUUUGCCGUUUUUUUUCACUGAGGACUUUUUUUGUAUCCCUUGCUUUGCACAAUAUUAAUUUAAAAAGUAGCCUUCCAAACAUUAAUGAUGAUAUGAUAUUAUUUCUCUUCCUUCAGGUGUUGAGCAGGUAAUAACUGAACACAACAUACAGUAUAUAAAACCUUUCUUUUAAGAGAGACUGUAAUUUCUUAUGGAUUCUAAAUAAUGUGCAUGAGUUACAGACGACUGACUGUAACUUUAGUUUAGAAGAAACAGUGUUAAUUUUUUUGUCCUGUCACUUGUAAAUUACUGAUUUUAUUUUGUUAAACUAAAUAAUAGCAAUCAACAUUAGAGGAGUAGCUAUUACUUAAACUUUCUUACUGUUGAGUGUCCUGAACUAGAGUUAAAAUUGUGAACUUAUAUUCCCACAUAUCUUUUCUAUAUCUUUAUGUUUUGUAUAUGGGUUAUCUAGAGCUUUCCCUACAGUCAUUUGUGAUAUACAUAAAUCUUCACUACUGUCAGCACUUGCAGACUUUAUUUCACAGAAUAAUGCUAGGAUUAGUGACACCUUUGCCAAAAUUCAUUUAAAUAUAAUGAGGGAAACUUAAAUACUGGAUGUACUGCAUUAACAUUUUAAGAUAUGAUAUUCAAGGGUUGUGGAAAAUACUUAUUUACUGUUUAAUUAUUUGUAUAAUGUUUCAUUAAAGGGGCCAUAACAUGAAGA